CCUAAAAGCUUAGCUAAUUCGGCUGGGAUACAUCAUACAGCAUCAUUCGUCGAAAUAGGUCAGAGCAAUUGAACGUCGUACCUAAUUUAUCUUAGCAAGUCGCAAUUGAAUUCGCGUUUUCCCUCCCGUAACCACCGAACGACGUCCCAACUCUACACGCAUAGCUCGACGUCAUGUCAUCCGGAUACGGUCUUCAUGGCGGCCCGGGCCGGUGCUUUCCCUUCUGGCAAGAGGUUCUAGCUUGCUACGUUGUCAACACAUCGGCGGAGGACGACUCGGGGAAGAAGAAAUGCGUGCCCGUCCUAGAGGACUAUUACGAGUGUCUACAUCAUAAGAAGGAGGCCGCAAGAAUAAAGGCAUUACAAGCAGCAUACCGAAAAGCCGAAGCAUCAUCAGCACGAGAAAAUGCGCCGAGCGCCGGCCAAAUAAGGAGCCUGGGCUUGCUGGGCAAGGAAGAGGAGACGAAACAGGUCCUUAGCGGAUGAGUACGAGACUUUUAAGAACAGGUACAGCCGUGUAUAUACAAGGUCUUCGGUGUAUGAAUUUAAGAAUCAACGCAACCCGAAUCAGACUUUUUUUUCACCUAGCAGGAUGAAUUGCUUAGGAUAAUUACGGCUCUAUUGAGGAUAUCACCAAUCUCCCAAAGUUGAUAAAGAUAAAGAGCUAAGUGAUAUAUUCGAUUAUUCUCAAUCCGAUCUCUCUUCCUAAAUCCCACCCUGAAGCCCUUACAUCGGAAGAUUUAGUUUUUGUCAGCUCUUGUCUCUGGUUGGUAUUUUCCGGGUUGGUAAGUUUAAUGAUAUAUCACUUAGUGACUCCUAUCGAAGUCUGUCAAAAAAUAACAUUCUUUCUCUAAAGGAUUGAAUUUUAUUUUAUUUUCAUAAAUAGAGGGUAAAUAUUUGAUUUGGAGGUACACAAGUAUCAAAGGAUGCCCUAUGUUAUUCAUAAUAUUAUUACCUUAGGAGGUAGGUAGGUAGGCAGCUGCCUUCGGCUGGGUGGUAGUCACCAGAAACCAUGUGCUUGAUUAAGG